CACGAGGCAACAACGCUCCCUUAUUCACACGUUGUACGCUGUCGUCAUUUUAUUCGUGAUGAAUAAGUGAAAAUUCAGCGACUCAACAGUACAAUUUUACAAGUACAACCUGUUGAACGUUAUUUGGUGCAUUUAGUUUGUAUAUUUUGCCACGUGGACGAUGGAUAUUUGCACGUGGAAGCAUUGAAAAUCAACUGUCAAACAAAAAAAUAUACACCAGUGAGUGAAGUAUACUCGCUACGUCGCUCUGAGCGUCUGUGAAUAAACUCGUGUGCGGGAAUAUUUGAAUUUGUGGGUAACAAUACGGCUUUUAUUCACUUGUUAAGAAUAUAAACAUCGUGGGGACUGAAGGGUUUGAUUUGAAAAAAGUCGGGAGAAGACACUUCAACGAAAUGUUAAAAUGAGUUGAAAGAUCGUUCCACGCAUUAUUGGAGUGACACGUUGGGGGAACACUGUGGAAAGUGGUUUAUAGUUUCGGUCUUUUUGCAUUGAAAAAAGAAGCCGCGCGCGCAGUAACACACGCGGUGGAACUUUGGUGGUAACAGAAACACGUGGGUUUGACUGGCUGCAUGAUGUUGCUGAGACUGGCGUUUCUGUUUAUCGUUGUCAGGCCGGGGCAUGGAUUCUUCAAUCUGUUUCUCAGUCAGACGGAAGUCAGGAAAUUGAUGGGCCUCGAAGCGGAACUUUUCUACGUAAGAGAGGGAGUAAUAAACGAGUAUGCCAUCAAGUUUAACGUGCCAGUACCCGCCCAAGUGCACAAGCUUCACUUCACAUGGCAAAAUCUCGCCGGAAGACCGCUCCCUUACACGAUGGCAGUUGACGUGAGUAAUCCCUCAGCAUUAAAAAGCUCUUUCAAUAUCUCCGACGCCGGCGAAAUCCCCGUGGGAGGACUACAAACUUGGGCACUAAACCUUCACUGUGGGCCAUACGAUGCCGAGGUCGACUUGACUCUGCGUAUAAAUGUUGCACAAAAUCGUAGAAACACAACGAAACUCGAGGUGAAGAGGAAAAAAAUAUGUCUGAAGGAUAAAAACACAUAUCCGAGUCCUGAGGAGGUGCUCGUUGCAGCCUCUGGUACGACAUCGGGUGGUCAAGUUUUCUACGCUGCCAUUGGAUGUGCCUGUGCAUUUAUUGCUGCAAUACUUGUCCUCGUUGUUGCAUAUUAUGUGAGGGAUAAGAAGGCGCGAAGGCACCGGGAUCCGUUGCAGGAGAGCAGGGGCUUGAACUCAGCCUGUAGUGUUGAAAGGGGGACCGGAAUUGGACCAGCGCAGACGUUCUUGUCACCGGAAACACCACCACCACCAUCCUGCGCUUCCGCUACGAGCUACAGGCGUCUUGAUGAUCGCCCCAGUCGAGAGUUGCACGAGAGAAUUCAGGAAAUCACUGUUCAAAGAUGUCGAGUGCGUCUUUUAAGCAUCGAGAUGGAAGGAACGUUUGGCCGGGUUUACCGAGGCAGUUACCACGAGGAGGGUGCAACAACACCCCGAGAAGUUCUGGUGAAAACCGCAGCAGAGCAUGCCUCUCAAUCCCAGGUCGCCCUGCUCCUCCGGGAGGGCUUGGCACUCUACGGAUUGAGUCAUCCAGCUCUACUUCCAGUGCUGGGUGUCUCAAUUGAGGACAGGAGUGCACCAUUUUUACUCUAUCCACACACUGGAUAUAGGAACAUGAAGAGGUUUUUGCUGAGGUGCAAACAGAGCAGUGAGGGCCCACCGAGGGCUCUAACCACUCAGGAAGUAGUUGAGAUGGCUCUUCAAGCUGCCAAGGGUGUACAAUAUCUACACAGAAAGCGACUCGUACACCGGGAUUUAGCGGCGAGAAAUUGCGUUGUUGACGAUGACCUGAGAGUACAGAUCACUGACAAUGCCCUGGCGAGAGAUCUCUUUCCGCAAGACUAUCAUUGCCUCGGCGAUAACGAGAACCGUCCAAUAAAGUGGCUGGCUAUUGAGAGUCUUCUCAGUAAAACCUUCACCACAACCUCUGAUGUGUGGGCCUUUGGUGUUCUCCUCUGGGAAUUGACAACUCUCGCUCAACAACCAUACGUAGAAGUAGAUCCAUUUGAGAUGGCCUCUUACCUCAGAAAUGGUUACAGACUCGCACAACCGAUAAACUGUCCAGACGAGUUGUUUGCUGUCAUGGCGUAUUGUUGGGCCAUGUCACCAGACGAGAGGCCAACAUUCUCUCAGCUCAUUGUCUGCCUCCAAGAGUUUCACACACAGUUAACUAGAUACGUUUGAAUUGAAUAAGCUUUACAGAGUAAACUGCAGCAAGCGUUGAAAACUCAAUUUUCCCCCCUUGAUGCAUAGAAGACUGGUUGUGUUCGAAUUUAUCUCCAGACAUUAUUUGUUUUCACCUUAAAGAUUCUGUUGUAAAUAGUCGAAUUGGUACUUAUUGAGAUGUAUUUUUAACUCCUCAGAGAGAUGAUAUCACUGUUACUUUGAUUUUAAGAAUGAAAUGAGGAUUUCCAUUGUUUUUUAAACGUUAGAUUGUAAUUAUAAAGGACAGAAUGUUUGACAUAUUCAAAAUUAGAGGCUAAAGUAUCAAGUAAAGCUUUGCAAUUGAGAUUACAAAGUUAUCACUGCCGAGCAUAUCCAAAUACCAAGUAUUACAAUUAAAUACUGCUGAGUAAAGCGAAAUGUUAAUGCCAUGAACAGAGUUCAGAUGAUCUGAACAGAUUAGAUGAUGUGAAGAAUUAUGGAAUCUUUGACAUGAUUGUGAUAGAGUGAUAUACAUUAAUAAUUCGCUUGCCACAAUGUUUGUAGGUAUCCAAUGUGCCAAUUUUUUGUAUUUUUGUACAUAGUUUACAUAGCAAGGUUGUUUAACCAAAACCCAUCAAAGAUUGUAUAUAGUGAACAGAUAUAUAUAUAAAUGUAUACGCUAUAUUGAAAUAAAAUGAAUGGAUUUCAAUGUGA